UCGAAGCCACAGCGCCGGGAGCUGCGGGCGGAGCAGGGGCCGCCCCUCGGCACCCCGUCCCCGCCCCCGGCCCGCGGCCCGGCCUCGCGCCCCGCCCGCUGGCCCGCGGGCCGCCCGCUGGUCCCGCCGUCUGUCAGGUGCGAGGGGACCGGGGCGGAGGUGUCUGACACUGCCUGGCUGCCCCGGCUAACCAAAAUGGCGAAUAUCACACCAGUCAAUGGCAGCUCGGGCAACCAGUCCGUGCGCUUGGUCACGUCCACGCAUAACCGCUACGAGACUGUGGAAAUGGUAUUCAUCGCCACGGUGACGGGCUCGUUGAGCCUGGUGACUGUCGUGGGCAACAUCCUGGUGAUGCUGUCUAUCAAGGUUAACAGGCAGCUGCAGACAGUCAACAACUACUUCCUCUUCAGCCUGGCAUGUGCCGACCUCAUCAUCGGCGCUUUCUCCAUGAACCUCUACACCGUGUACAUCAUCAAGGGCUACUGGCCUCUGGGCGCCGUGGUCUGUGACCUGUGGCUGGCCCUGGACUAUGUGGUGAGCAACGCUUCGGUCAUGAACCUCCUCAUCAUCAGCUUUGACCGCUACUUCUGCGUCACCAAGCCCCUCACCUACCCAGCCCGGCGCACCACCAAGAUGGCAGGCCUCAUGAUCGCCGCCGCCUGGGUCUUGUCCUUCGUGCUCUGGGCGCCCGCCAUCUUGUUCUGGCAGUUCGUGGUGGGCAAGCGGACGGUGCCAGACAACCAGUGCUUCAUCCAGUUCCUGUCCAACCCGGCGGUGACCUUCGGCACUGCCAUCGCGGCCUUCUACCUGCCUGUAGUCAUCAUGACGGUGCUCUACAUCCACAUCUCCCUGGCCAGUCGCAGCCGAGUCCACAAGCACCGGCCCGAAGGCCCCAAGGAGAAGAAGGCCAAGACCCUGGCCUUCCUCAAGAGCCCCCUGAUGAAGCAGAGCCUCCAGAAGGCCCCGCCGGGGGACGCGGGCCCCGAGGAGCUGCGCAACGGGAAGCUGGAGGAGGCCCCUCCCCCGGCCCUGCCGCCCCCGCCGCGCCCCAUGGCCGACAAGGACACUUCCAAUGAGUCCAGCUCAGGCAGCGCCACACACAACACCAAGGAACGGCCCCCCACGGAGCUGUCCACUGCGGAGGCCACCACGCCGGCCGUGCCCGCCCCUCCCCUCCAGCCACGGGCCCUCAACCCCGCUUCCAAAUGGUCCAAGAUCCAGAUUGUGACGAAGCAGACUGGUAAUGAGUGUGUGACAGCCAUCGAGAUCGUCCCGGCCACGCCCGCGGGCAUGCGUCCGGCGGCCAAUGUGGCCCGCAAGUUCGCCAGCAUUGCCCGCAACCAGGUGCGCAAGAAGCGCCAGAUGGCGGCCCGGGAGCGCAAGGUGACUCGGACCAUCUUCGCCAUCCUGCUGGCCUUCAUCCUCACCUGGACGCCGUACAACGUCAUGGUCCUGGUGAACACCUUCUGCCACAGCUGCAUCCCCGAAACGGUGUGGUCCAUCGGCUACUGGCUCUGCUACGUCAACAGCACCAUCAACCCCGCCUGCUACGCCCUCUGCAACGCCACCUUUAAAAAGACCUUCCGGCACCUGUUGCUGUGCCAGUAUAGGAACAUCGGCACAGCCAGGUAGGCGGGCAGAGGCGCCACAGGAGGUGCUGGUGGUCGCGUGUGUGCGCUGAGCCGCGGGGGUGGUCGCGGGGGUGGUCCCUCCCGUGGCGGUCGCGGAGAGGUCUGGAAAUCUGGAAGCGUCUCUCCGCCUUCCUGUUCACUGAAGAGAACUGAGGUCCCCGAGAGCCCUGUGAGGCUCAGGAAGCAGCUGUGGUGGGAUGCAGACAGACCAGAUCUCCACUCAGCACAGGCCGAAGGAGGCUCAGCCCCAGAAGUGUCUGGAGCAGACUGCCCGGCGCCCCCUCUGUUGGCCCGCCUCAGGUUGCUGGGAGGCGCUGGGCUUCUGGGGCACCUGGCCCACUGUGACCAACCGGCGCGGCUGGGAGAAUGGACAUCUGGGGGGGGAGCAGAAGCCCGGGAUCCCCGUGGGAGGAGCAAGGGAGCCGAUGCUGGGGAAAGGAGGCUUGGGAAGGGAGUGGAGGGGUAGGGUCCCCCCAUUCUGCUGUAGUUGGUGCUUUCUCCCUGCUGCACCCCGCAUGUAGGCCCAGCCCCUCCUCCCAGGUCCCAUUCCAGGGGCAGAGCUCUCCUUGCUGCAGCCACUCGGCCAGGCGC